UGGCGACGGGAUUUACAAGCAGGGGCGGUUCUAGACCCCGGAGAAAAGGACCAUGAAGCCCUUUCUCCUAAAAAGUAGGAAUACAAGUACAUAAAACCGAAUUUGUAUUAUAAUGAAAAGAUCUCCUCCCGAUGAAAACCCAACUUGGGAUCCCUUGGCUCCUUAUUUAUCAACCAAUGGGCGCAUGGUGCCUCACAAGGACGCGCACGUAAGCAUGCGCGCGCACACCUUGAGUGCGCAUCAUCAUCAUCAUCCAGCAGAUUUGCCUUGCGCCAGAAGAGGACGCGCCAUCUGCGGCAGCGAGGAGGAGAGGGAGGAGGGAAGAAGACCGAGGAUGCAGUGAAGAAUCACGUUUUUGAAGAUCAAUGUCGAAAAUGAGUUUAAUCCAAGGCGGCGCCCACGACGUCGUCGUCGGCGGCCCCAGGGUGGAGGCGAGCAGAGGCGGCCCAGCUACUGACAACGGCGGCGGCUCCCCAAGGCUCCAACCGGGCGCGCAGCCUCCCCCCGUAGGUGGCCGGAGCAGAGAUGCCCGCCCACACCAGCGGCACCACCACCAGCACCACCACCACCACCACGGCGGGACCUCCAGCAGCACCACUAUGGUCAAGCAGCCGUCGCAAAGCGAGCCUGCCGACGCCGUGAGGCGGGCGCUGGACUUCAAGUGCCAGGGCACGCAGUGCUACAAGGACAAGAAGUACCGCGAGGCCAUCGGCAAGUACCACCGCGCGCUGCUUGAGAUGAAGGGGCUGUGCAGGGUUCUCGGGGACCCGGACGGUGCAGGCUCCAAGUCGCUGCUGGCCGCCAUCGGCAAGUCCAGCCCGCUGACAGAGGAGCAGAAGGGGGCCAUGGAGAACGCCGAGCUGGAGUGCUACAACAGCCUAGCCGCCUGCCUUCUCCAGAUGGAGCUGGUCAACUACGAGCGCGUCAAGGAGUACUGUCUGAAGGUGCUGCACAAGGAGGGCAAGAACUUUAAGGCCCUGUACCGCUCCGGCGUGGCCUACUACCACCUGGGGGACUUCCAGAAGGCUCUCUACUACCUGAAAGAGUCGCACAAGCAGGAGCCUUCAGACACAAACGUCAUCCGCUACAUCCAGCUGACAGAGAUGAAGAUCCGCCGCAGCGCUCAAAGGGAAAAGAAAGACGCCACUUAAAAAAAAAACAGAAGACGACCACAGAUGACUUUUCCAACUCAGCGCCACUUCCUGUCCCGCCCCUCACUUGUGUGCCGCCCGGACUUGUCAUUGUAUAGCAGUAAGGAAUGUUCCCAUGGGACUUCAAACGCUGCCCGUGCACUUGUGAAAGGUUGAAGAUGAUUUGGUUUUGCAAUCACUGCCAGUCCAAACACACAAAAAAAAAAAAUGCAUAUCGGAGUUUGGAGUGUUUGUUUUGAAUUCCAGCUUCCCUCCUUCUCUCUCUCUCUCUCGCACGACAGCAUCUCAAAAUGGAGGAGAUGAGUAACAAGCGAGCGCUGACUUUUUGGUCUGGUGCGUUUGAGGAAAAUGCAUGUCGUUUGGAUGGGCAGUACACA